AUGUCAGGACAUGAAUUUACAUUAGAGUUACUUCACUGUAAUCCUAUACAAUGUGCUGAAGUACUACGCAUGUCCCGUGAAUCAUUUUUCCGACUAUGUGCCCAUUUUAGAGUAAACUACACGUUAGAGGAUAGAAAACAUGUAUCGGUUGAGAAGAAGAUGGCUAUGUUUUUGAUGAUGAUCGGUCAUAACCAACGUUAUGUGAUUAUCAAGCGGAGAUUUCAACACUCAAAGCAAACGAGUCAUAAGUUUUUUCAUGAAGUGUUGGACAAAAUGUUGCUUUUCGCACAUGACAUUAUAGUACCAACUUCUUUUAAUCUGAGUCCAAACAUUCCGGGACAUAAUAGGAGGCUACAACGAAUAUUCAAAGGAGCAGUUGGUGCACUUGAUGACACUUUGAUACAUGUUGUUGUCCUUGCAAACAAACAAGAUUUAUAUAGAAGUAGAGAAAAAGGCGAUUGUUACCAAAACGUAUUGGAAGGGAUAACACACGAUUCUAGAAUAUUAUCAGAACCAUUAGCAAAUCCACAUGCACCAAUCCUGUUACCACCAUCAGAUAAAUAUUAUCUUUAUGUUGCUGCCUAUGCAAACAUUCGAGGUUUUAUAGCACUGUACCGUAAUGUGAGGUAUUGGCUUGGAGAUUUCUAUCGAAGACGUGCAUUAACGAAUAAAGAAAAAUUUAACCAUGCACAUGCAAAACUUCGAAACGUCAUUGAGCGUGCUUUUGGUGUCUUGAAAGCACGUUUCUCUAUAUUGAAGAGGAUGACACCAUUCUCGUUGGUUACACAACGAAACAUUACCCUUGCAUGUUUCGUGCUUCAUAAUUUUAUAAGAAGAGAGGGACUACGUGAUGAGUAUUUUGCACGAUAUGAUGAACCAAAUGUCUCGAUUCGGAAUAACAAUGUAGUCGUUGAUGAUGAUGAAGAUGAGAUUCCAACACAUAGUACUGCGGCGGACCAUGAAUAUAUGACCCAAUUACGGGAUGAAAUUGCCGAGCAAUUAAUGCAAAAUAUCGAAUGA